ACACGCACACAUUUAGAGUAUCAUCACACAGCAACACAUACACACCUCUCCUGGACCUCCUGCACAACCAAAGGAGGAGAAAAGAGGGUGGAAGAAUUUGGCCUCAAGUCCUGCAGCCAUCAUCAAACUGCUGGGAUGAGGUGGUGGCUAAUAGUGGCCAGUCUGUGGCUGCUGGUGGUCCUGACCAUCCCAGAUGCCAAGGCUAGGAAGGGACCUCACAACCAGGGUGGCGAGACCCGACGAGGGAAAAGGAAGCGGGACGGACAGGGUCAUGGACGAGAAAGAGCGGGACAGUCUAGACCUCUGAAGAUCAGAUUGGUUCCUGGUCCCAGUGUCCCAGUGCAGCCUGGAACAAACCAAGAAAACACCCUGUACCUACAGUCCUAUAAGAGUAUUCAAGAACAACACUCCAGCUACAGCGUGAUCCCAGGUAAGCAGGGCCAGUGUGUGUACCAGGGUCUGACCAUGUUCAACCAGGCCGUCUGGUCUCCAAAGCCCUGUAUGACUUGUCUGUGUACCGGAGGACGGGUGGUUUGUGAUGAGAUCACCUGUCCCACUGUGCAGUGCCACUUCCCCUUCACCCCUGCUGGGGAGUGCUGUCCUGUCUGCACGGAGCCAGACCCUGACCUCAGCCUUGACCUUUCUGGUGACUCCCCAGUUCCCAAUUAUCCUGGUGAGCCUGUGAGUCCACUGACCCAAGAGGAGAUGCAGCGAAUCCUCUGGCGGAAGGAAGAGGAGAAGCAUGAGGAGGAAGAGCGCCUGAGGAAGAAGGAAGAAGCAAGAAAGAGGAGGAGGAAGCUGAGAAAGGAGCAGGAAGAGAAACAGAGGAAGAUAGUGGAGGCGAGGAGGAGGGAGGAGGAAGAGGCACUGAGGUUGCAGGAGAAGAAAAGGGAGGAAGAGUACAGGAGGCAGAUGGAAGAGGAGAAGGAGAGGAGGAUACAGGAGGAAGAAGACAGGAAACGGAAGGAGGCUGCGGAGAGAAAAGCACAAGAGAAGGAAAGGAAGCUAGAGGAGGAAAGAAGGAGGCAAGAGGAAUUGCUGAGGGAAGAACUAUUGGCUCUGGUGGAGAAGGAGAGAGAGGAGCGACAGGAGGAGGCAGAGGAGGAAGAGGAGGUGUGGUUGAGAGGAGAUGUGUUUAAGAUGCCCCCAAAAGAACCUGAAGAACCCGAAGAACCAGACCUCCUUCCUGCUCCGAUGCCAAGACCUCCUGCUAUGACAGAGGACGAGCUGAAAGAGGUGGAGGCAGAGGAGGAAGAGGAAGAGGAAGAGAGGGAGGUGGUGGUGGACAGAGGCGGCCUCCCUCCAGGCUGCGACAUUUCCGAUGUGACUGCGACAUGUGAGAAUGCCAAACUCACCCACUUCCCUCCUCUGGUCAUCCCUGAGCUCAAAUCUCUCAGUCUGGAGGGCAACAACAUCAACAGCAUCCCAGCAGAAGCCUUCAAUGGCAUCCCCAACCUGGAAUGGAUCAAUCUUAAGAAAAACAAACUCACCUCUGCUGGCAUUGAUGCCAAAGCCUUUAAAGGUCUGAAGAUGCUAAGUCGUCUGUACCUGGAUGGGAACCUUUUAGAAGCUGUGCCACCUGAUCUCCCACCCACCCUGCAAGAGCUGAAGAUCAGUGAGAACAGACUGAGGGGGAUCGACAAAACCAGCUUCCAAGAUCUGAGCAGCCUGGUGAUUCUGGAGUUGGAAGGAAAUUUGCUGAGUGAGGGUAAUGUAAAUCCUUUGGCCUUCGCUCCCCUCAAACAGCUCUCCUACCUCAGACUGGGCAGAAACCACUUCCGUACCAUCCCACAGGGUCUUCCCACUUCACUGCUGGAGCUGUACUUGGAGAACAACCUGAUUGAAGAAAUCUCUGAGACAGUUUUCAAUCAAACUACAAAUCUGAACGUGCUUUCUCUCAGACACAACAGGCUGGAUGAGACCAGGAUUGCCCCGAUGGCCUGGUUCAACCACAGAAACCUGGAGUCCAUCGAUCUUUCACAUAAUGACAUUUACCUGGUUCCGUCCCACCUACCCAGAUCUCUGGUCCACCUAGUGCUGGUGGGAAACAAAAUUGAGAGGAUACCUGGCUACGUCUUUGCCCACAUGGUCCCUGGUUUAGAAUACCUCUACCUCUCCUACAACAAACUGGACGGGGAGGGCAUUGAACCUGAGUCGUUCUUUGGCUCAUAUCACUCCAUGGUCGAACUAUGUCUGGAUCACAAUCAGCUCCUCGCUGUGCCGUCUGGCAUCAACGAGAUGACCGGCCUACACUUUCUCAGACUCAACAAUAACAUGAUCAGGUCUAUCCCUGACGAAAGCAUCUGUGACCCAAACCACAGUGAAGACUCCACUCUGGUGGCACUGAGGCUGGAAAACAACUACAUCCAAGAGAUUUCACCGACAGCCUUUUCCUGUCUACGCUCCUCCUCCAGUUUGAUCUUAAAACCCCAGAAAACCAAGUGACCAGAGUCCACACAAAACAAACACUAAAAAUCAAAUGAAACACAGGGGUUAAGAUUUUGAAUGUACCAAGUGAAACGCUAGAUAAAUUUCCCCCAGUAUCUGCCACUGAUGCUAAAAACACUCAAAAUAUUAAGAACUGCUGUACAGGUUGAACAUGGAAACAUAUGAAUUUUCACAGUAUAAACACAGUUACUGCUGAUUUAAUUUGCCUUAAGGGAAUUUAUUAUCCUGUUAUAUCCUUGGACUGAGUGCUUACAAGCUGCAGAAAAGUAAGAUUUUCUUCUCCUCUGGCUCUAGUACUCUCUUUUAGGUCUGCUAAGUUGUUCUGUACUGUCAACAGGCCCAUGGUAAACUGGUAUGCAGGUGACAGAACACAUUUAGACUUCAAAAUCAAACACAUCUGUCUCCUUUAGUAAAAUGUUCAACUGUCUAAAAUGGAAAAAAUUCCUCCACCAUGCACAGGAAAAGGAAAGUGCUAAUAAAGAAAUGGAAAAACUUAUGAAGUGUGACCAAAACCCCAACAUAUUAUUUUUGACAGCCUCAGCACCAUCAUGAUUCAGUUCUCAGCUCUGUUUCUUCCAGUUUCUUCUUUCGUAAAAAUUAUGACAUGGAAAGGGUGUGAGCAGUGAAAUCACAUGUAAUACAUUCAAGCUCACAUGUUAAAGUUGCAUUAACUAAAAUUUUACACACUGACAAAUACAGUGAACAUGGGACAGGAUGUGGUGUCUCUCAGCUACACUCCCACCUCCAUGACACUCUGCUGCCUACAGCCUUUCUGUUGUUAUUCCAGAUUCUCUACCCUGUGUUGUCAAAGAGUGGUGCAUAUAUUAAAGCUAAUCUGAUCCGAGCUAAUCUAAUGUAUUUGUUAUGGUACUCCGGCUUCCACCCACAGUCCAAAGACAUGCAGCUUAGGUUGACUGGUGACUCCAAAUUGCCUGUAGGAGUGAG